UGAGGUCCGUAUGGAACCUUUGCCAGUCUCCACAGUCUACUGUAAAAAUAGUAGAAAUCGUACAAAUAUAUAUACCAAAGGAGUUAGCCAGCCGAUAAGUAUGGUAUGAGACCCAGCUAACUAUAUUUUUCCAGACUAUUUUCCAGCAACCUGUGGAGUAUGGUAGAGGCUAAGAACUCCACACGGAGCUCAUCUUAUUUAUAAGGACUUGAACGUAUACGCACGUGUGAACCCACCCUAACAAACCAGAUUUGCAGGCGCGAGGCAUGACAGCAGGCACGCCAUGCGGCAAGCUAGUAUGGCAAAGUUCUAUACAACAAAAACAAAUUGAAUGCGCACCACUAGAAAGGCUUAUAAGAAUAAUAGGACGCACAAAGAAAGACGUGUAACCCAAGCCGGUCCCUCGUAUCUGCUUGAAGAUAAGGCAAACAACGUCUUUUAUUCACUGUGGAAAAUUUGACUCCGAACUGACUCAUCAUCAAUAGCGUGGUUUUAUGUACAUUGUGGCGGGAUGCGACAGGUUUUAGCCACGCCCUUUAGUGAAAACCUUUCUUAAUCCUCGACCUCGGCAAGCCCACUUCAUUCUUCUCCCGCGCUUUUGAUCAAGCGUGCACGCAGCCCUCCUUCAGAGACAAGAUCUACCACGCUAGCGUUGUUGACGACAAUAUGGCGACCGAAAAAGACGUCGAAUCCGGCGAGGGUGGUGUGCCUCUUUCCGAUCUCCCCACUACCACCACAGAAGAGCCGCCAAAAUACACCCCGACAGAAAACACAGCCGGCGACGCUCCUCCUCCUUCAUACGCUUCCAUCUUAGAGCAAAUCAAGGCGGCAAGAGAAGAAUCGGACGGAAAUGUCGAGUUCGGGAAGAAGGCUUCGACGGCAGUAGCGGGCAGCAAGGGGUGCACAGUAUGCGGGGCGCUGCUCAUGGUUGUACCGGUGGCUAUGAUUGCUGUUGGCGCGCUGAGCGUUCACAAACAAGACUGCCCCAUCCAGCGCAUGAUACCCAUCUACCUGCUCGUCUUCGGCUGUUUUUACCUGGUGAAGAGUCUCAUCUCGCUCGCCGAGCGAUGCCGCAACCACCGAGACAACGAGAGCGAGAAGAACGCCAAGCCCAACCCGGUAGAAGGCGUGCUCACCUGCUUCCUCUUCGGUUGGUUCAUCGCUGGGAACUAUUGGAUCUACUCCGUGUACACGACAGUGAAUCUGACGGACCCGACCAGUGCUAUGUACUGUCAACCUUCCAUGUACCAGUUCGCCUUCUGGGUGACUACAAUUGUGUACAUCAUGGCAGCUCUUUGUGUUCUGUUUUUCUGUUGUGGAUGUUUUGCUAUAUGCUGUUGUGCCAAGGGCAAGGGUUCAAAAGACGAGUAUACAGUAUCGUAAGUGUCAUUUUGGGUUUGGCCCCAAAAAUACAUGUUUUGAAAUAUUUUUCUUUUUCUUUGUUGUUUAAUCAUGGCGGCAAACAUGUUGGCCUUGGGACCGCGUUCUUACCUAAGCAAUGGCUUAACAUAGUCUCAGUGAGGUAUACCGGUUAAAGUAUGUGUCGUUUUGUGUUUGGCAUUUGCAUGUCAGAAAUACAGGUUUUGAAAUGUUUUUUUUUUUCUUUUCCUUCGUUGUUAAAUCAUGGAGGUAAACUGUUUGGCCUUGGGUAACGCACUAUUCCCUGAAUCAAUGGCUUAACAUAAUCUCAGUGCGGUUAACCGGUAAAAGAACAAUCUAACUUUCUCAAAUUUUCUUAAAAGAUAGGGAUAACUUUGUCAUCUAGGUUGCAAGAUAAAAUGCAACGUGAAAUUGAUAGAAGUUGAAUUGUGUGGUUUACAACUUUCACCUACAUAUAUUGCGUAUUUUCAAGAAAGACGACGACUGGGUGCAGAACUAAUUUAAUUAGACCGUAGAAUUCUAUCCAAUCCACACGGUUCCGCUUGUAGUUGGACACAAUGGACAGCCGACUUAUCUAGAGCACUGCGUGCCCCUGUAUUUUCUUUGGGUGUUGGUCAGAAACCACGCCCAAAGAAACUAUGCCAUACCACCAUGCUACCCGCAUUUACUUUAGUGUCCAGUAUGAUAUGCCACGCCCAUAGCACUCUCCAAGCAGAGGUUGGGUUCAGACUGUUGUUUUACGUGCUUUAUUUAGGUGUUUUUGUCUGGCUUUCUAUUUUUCAUCAGAUUUUAUAUAAGGCCGGUGAACAUGAAGAAAAGGGGACAAAAUAGAAACCCGACGUAUAAAAACAUGUCAAAUACUAGUAACUGCCGGAGCUGAAUCUCUGCUUGGACAUUUAGAGUAACACUCACAAUACCAUAUGUUUUUCAGAUUAACAAAAAAUGUGAGUGGGAUCGGACUGGGUUAUAAGUUCUAAGAAAAUUGAAAUCACUGCUUCGACAAUAUGAGUUAUUAGAUGAAGUCAUGAACAUGGCACCGCAUUGAGUGUAAUGUUUAUAUUAUAUGCUUAUUGUGGUAUGUAAUGUCAAUUUUGUGUUUUCUUCAGGGACAUUUAUGUUUAUUUUUCACAACGUAUAACAAAGAUAUAUUGUGUUUUAUAUCGGUGCAUGUCGGUUUGGGUAAUUUUAAAUGUAUUAAGCUUUUCAUUAUCAGUAUGCCAUUGUAUCUGCUAGUUAAGUUUUUCUAUCAAUUUGAUACGUAAAGUAGCACUAGAACUGUUUCUUUAUAUAAUCUUAUUUUGAAAAUUAAUUCAAUAGUGUGUUAAUGGUUUUACUUUACCUUGAAAUUAUAAUUCAAGACAUUAAAUGAUUGUCAAUGAUACACCAAAUGUGUUUAUGAUCUAUAAUUACAGAAUAAAGACAUUUGUGAAUCCAA